CGGCGGCGGGCCCGGGGGGAGCCCAGCCCCGGGGCCGCGCGCGGCCAUUGAGCGGAGCCAAACUCCGGUGUGCGCGUCCGCUCGCCCCCAAGAUGGCCGCCAAUGUGGGAUCGAUGUUUCAAUAUUGGAAGCGGUUUGAUCUGCGGCGACUCCAGAAGGAGCUUAAUUCCGUCGCUUCUGAGCUGUCUGCGCGGCAGGAGGAGAGUGAACAUUCUCAUAAACAUUUAAUUGAACUCCGCCGGGAAUUUAAGAAAAAUGUACCUGAGGAGAUCAGAGAGAUGGUGGCGCCUGUGUUGAAAAGCUUCCAAGCCGAGGUGGUAGCACUUAGUAAGAGAAGCCAGGAGGCCGAGGCUGCUUUCCUGAGUGUUUACAAGCAAUUAAUUGAAGCACCAGACCCUGUACCUGUGUUUGAGGCGGCGCGUAACCUCGACGACAGACUGCAGACCCCCAGCCUUGACCACAGCGGGCCACCCCGGCGGGACGUCCACAACGCGUGGAAGAGGCACCCGGAGCUUCUCAGCCCCAAAGAGCAGAGAGAGGGGACAUCUCCCGCGGGGGCCACGCUGACCGAGGGCGGCCGCCUCCCCGGCAUUCCCGGCAAAACCCUCCUGACAGAGACUUUGCUGCAGAGAAAUGAGGUGGAGAAGCAGAAGGGCCUUCAGGAAGUACAGAUCACUUUGGCAGCCAGACUGGGGGAGGCCGAGGAGAAAAUCAAGGUCCUGCAUUCAGCAUUAAAGGCCACCCAGACGGAGCUGCUGGAGCUGCGGCGGAAGUACGAUGAGGAGGCUGCAAGCAAGGCAGAUGAAGUCGGCCUCAUCAUGACCAACCUGGAGAAAGCCAAUCAGCGAGCAGAAGCUGCCCAGCGGGAGGUGGAGAGUCUCCGGGAACAACUGGCCUCCGUCAACAGCUCCAUCCGCCUGGCCUGCUGCUCCCCGCAGGGACCCAGCGGGGACAAGGUGAACUUCGCCCUGUGCUCCGGCCCUCGGCUGGAGGCGGCGCUGGCCUCCAAGGACCGUGAGAUCGUGCGUCUGCUGAAGGACGCCCAGCACCUGCAGAACUCACUGCAGGAGCUGGAGGAGGCGUCAGCCAACCAGAUCGCCGAGCUGGAGCGCCAGCUCACCGCCAAGUCCGAGGCCAUCGAGAAGCUGGAAGAGAAGCUCCAGGCUCAGUCUGACUACGAAGAGAUCAAAACAGAAUUGAGCAUCCUGAAAGCCAUGAAGCUGGCCUCCAGCACGUGCACCCUCCCCCCGAGCAUGACCAAGCCCGAGGACUCGCUGCUCCUGGCGAAGGAGGCCUUCUUCCCCGCGCAGAAGUUCCUGCUCGAGAAGCCGGGGCUCCUGGCCAGCCCAGAGGAGGACCCUGCAGAGGACGAGCCCCUCAAGGACUCGCUGGGCCCGGAGCAGCCCUUCCCGUCCCCUCCGCAGCUCCCGCCGCCCCCGGGGCCUGAAGACCCCCUUUCCCCCGGGCAGCCCCUGCUGGGCCCGGGCCUGGGACCCGACGGCCCCCGGACUUUCUCGCUGUCCCCCUUCCCCAGCCUGGCCCCGGGGGAGAGGCUGGCGGGGGACACGCUGCUCCCCAAGCACUUGGUGGCCCCGGCCGCCUUCAAGGGGGAGGCAGGCGGCCUGCUGGUGUUCCCCUCCACCUUCUACGGCGCCAAGCCCCCCACAGCCCCUGCCACCCCCGCACCUGGCCCCGAGCCCCCGGGGGGCCCCGAGCUGGCGGAGGGCAGCGGUGGGGGGCCGGCGGGCCCCGGGGCAGACGAGGAGCAGCUGGACACGGCCGAGAUCGCCUUCCAGGUAAAAGAGCAGCUGCUGAAGCACAACAUCGGGCAGCGCGUGUUCGGCCACUACGUGCUGGGGCUGUCCCAGGGCUCCGUCAGCGAGAUCCUGGCGCGGCCCAAGCCCUGGCGCAAGCUGACGGUGAAGGGCAAGGAGCCCUUCAUCAAGAUGCGCCAGUUCCUGGCCGACGAGCAGAACGUGCUGGCACUGAGGACCAUCCAGGUGCGGCAGCGAGGCAGCAUCACCCCCCGAAUCCGCACACCCGAGACCGGCUCGGAUGACGCCAUCAAGAGCAUCCUGGAGCAGGCCAAGAAGGAGAUCGAGUCGCAGAGAGGGGGUGAGCCCAAGAACCCAUCGGCCCCCUUGAGCAUGGCCAAUGGCUCAGCGUCUGCCAGCACCUCGGAAGAUGCCAUCAAGAACAUUCUGGAACAGGCCCGCCGUGAAAUGCAGGCCCAGCAACAGGCCCUGCUAGAGAUGGAGGCAGCUCCCCGGGGCCGCUCUGUGCCCCCGUCUCCCCCGGAGCGGCCCACGCUGGCAGCCGCCGGCCAAAACGGGACCCCAGCCCAUGUCAAGCAGGAGGACGGUGGCCCAGGGGGUGGCGGGAGCACCAGCAGCAGCGCCACGCAGACGCCCCUCCCUGUGCUCUCGCCCGCCGCCUUCGUGCAGAGCAUCAUCCGCAAGGUCAAGUCGGAGAUUGGCGACGCCGGCUACUUUGAACACCACUGGGCCUCGGACCGCGGCCUGCUCAGCCGACCCUACGCCUCCGUGUCGCCCUCGCUCUCCUCCUCCUCCUCGGGCUACUCCGGCCAGCCUGGCGGGCGUGCCUGGACCCGGGGGGACGAGGCCCCCGCCGCCGCCCCCGAGGACGAGGCCCCAGAGGACGAGCCCUCCCGGGUGACUGAGCUCAAGUCGGAGGGGGGCGGCCCCGAGGCGGGCAGCGGGAGGCUGACCUACUUCCCGGCCUACGUGCCGCGCUCGCUGAAGCCCACCGUGCCCCCGCUGACCCCUGAGCAGUACGAGCUGUACAUGUACCGUGAGGUGGACACGCAGGAGCUGACGCGCCAGGUCAAGGAGAAGCUCGCCAAGAACGGCAUCUGCCAGAGGAUCUUCGGGGAGAAGGUGCUGGGCCUGUCCCAGGGCAGUGUGAGCGACAUGUUGUCGCGGCCCAAACCCUGGAGCAAGCUGACGCAGAAGGGGCGGGAGCCCUUCAUCCGCAUGCAGCUGUGGCUCUCGGACCAGCUGGGUCCGCCCGCCGGCCCGCAGCCCAGUGCCUCCCACGCCAGUCCUGCCGAGCCCAGGUCGUCACCAUCCCCUCCGCCGAGCCCCCCGGAGCCCGAGAAGAGCUCCCAGGAGCCCCUGAGCCUGGCCCUGGAGAGCAGCAAGGAGAACCAGCAGCCCUCACUCGGCGGGAAGACGCCCUCGGGCGGCCAGGCUUCAGGCGGCAUCCAGGAGAUGGUGGCCAUGUCCCCCGAGCUGGACACGUACUCCAUCACCAAGAGGGUCAAGGAGGUCCUCACAGACAACAACCUAGGGCAGCGGCUGUUUGGGGAGAGCAUCCUGGGCCUGACGCAGGGCUCCGUGUCCGACCUGCUGUCCCGGCCCAAGCCCUGGCACAAGCUGAGCCUGAAGGGCCGGGAGCCCUUCGUCCGCAUGCAGCUGUGGCUCAGCGACCCACACAACGUGGACAAGCUGAGGGACAUGAAGAAGCUGGAGAAGAAAGCCUACCUGAAGCGCAGGUACGGCCUCAUCAGCACUGGCUCGGACAGCGAGUCCCCGGCCGCCCGCUCCGAGUGCCCCAGCCCCUGCCUGCAGCCGCAGGACCUGAGCCUGCUGCAGAUCAAGAAGCCGCGCGUGGUGCUGGCGCCCGAGGAGAAGGAGGCGCUGCGGAAGGCGUACCAGCUGGAGCCCUACCCCUCGCAGCAGACCAUCGAGCUCCUCUCCUUCCAGCUCAACCUCAAGACCAACACGGUCAUCAACUGGUUCCACAACUACAGGUCCCGGAUGCGCCGGGAGAUGUUGGUGGAGGGGAGCCCGGACGAGCCAGACCUGGACCCGAGUGGAGGCCCCGGCGUCCUUCCGCCUGGCCAUUCCCACCCGGACCCCACCCCAAAGAGCCCCGACUCGGAGCCCGAGGAGCAGAAGCCCUCGGGGAAGGAGCUGGAGCUGCCGGAGGGUCCCGCGGGGCGCACCGCACCCCCAGGCCAGGGUGCCGCCGUCAGGGUCAAGCUGGAGGAGGCAGACGAGGACCCCACGGAUCAGGGCUGCCGGGACCCCGGGGAGGCCCUCCACAGCCAGAGCUCCCCCUGGGAGACGCCUUGCGACCCGCCGGGCAACGACGGACCCCCCACAGCCGCUGCGGGGCACCCAGAGGGUGAGGGCCCACCCCACCCGGACCCACCGGGGUGCCCACCAGGCCCCGAGGCCUCCCGCCAAAGCCCUGCACCACGGGACUCGCCCUCCGCGUCCCCCACGCCCUCCUCCUCCGGCCCCCUCUCCCCCUGCCCGCCCGGCGCGCCCCCCACCACAGUGCCGAGUACCAGCCCCGCCGCCGACUCGGCCGGGGCCCUGCACCCCAGCGCCAAGGUGAACCCCAGUUUGCAGCGGCGCCACGAGAAGAUGGCCAACCUGAACAGCAUCAUCUACCGGCUGGAGCGGGCGGCCAACCGGGACGAAGGCCUGGAGUGGGAGUUCUGAGGGUGGGGACGGGCGGGGGCCCCCCAAGGCGGCCCUCGCGUGACGCCCUUCCCGGUUCCUGGCUUGAUCCUACUUCCUAAGGUUGUGGUGAGGGGGCGUGGCCCAGCCAGCCCCCCGUUGCUCCCCGCACCGGGCACCCGGGCACCUGCUUCUCCACCUUCCGCGGCCUCUGCAGGAGACAGAAGCCGAGUGGCGCCACGUUCUCACCUGAAAACUCCAAACUCUUUUAGAAAAGAAAAAAAAAUCGAAAUAUUUAUAGACUUCUUUUAGAUAUUUUAAUAAAGGAUCCUUUGGAAUCUAUCCCCCACCGCCGUGGUUUUGAUAUUACAGAGAGUUAUAAAAUCAGGAUGUCGUCACAACUGUCGCCAAGGGCCCGCUGAAGUUGUGUCGUGUUUUUGUUUUGUUUUGUUUUUUUGCCACUAGAUGAGAUUAAAAGAAGACAAUUGCUCAAAGCCAUCACGAAACACUCUAAGAUUGACCAAAAUGUAGAUGACCUUUGAACUGCAGUGUUUUUGUCCCCUCCCGUGUCUGUCUGUGAGACACAGCGCCUCGCUCCUGCCCUUCCAGAAACCCACCGUGCUGAAAAGACCAAGUCCGAAAGACUCUAAAUGAAAACCUCCGUGCCCGGGGGUCAGGCCGUAGCCAAGUGGGCCGUGCCCAGCGUCCCAUCCUCGUCACCAUGCCACCAUGCAGACCCCUGGCCACGACGUGUCUGAUGUGUGUUUCCAGGCGUGGGGGCUUGGGGGGCACUUGGGGUCUUCGCAAGGCCAGGGCCUGUCUUCCUCUCCGUGGGCUUCACAAAGCAGUCGUGGUCAUCCCGCCCGGCGCCCGACGGCAGGGCCGCCCGCCUGGACGCCAAAGCUCCUGUCUCGCCGCCACCCCUCCCACGCAGACCCUGGUGCUGUUUUCUGGAAGGUCCCUACCACCACGAGCCACGCAGGGCAGAGCGAGACGGCUCACUGCACGAAUCUCCCCUCUCACCUGCCUUCCACACGCGGACUCGACUCCCCUGCCAGCUUCCCGGUGGGGGGAGAUGCCCAGAUGAGAUGGAACGGACCACUCUGUUGGUUAUUGGGGUCUCCGUUUUCUCUUCCAAACUCCCCGAGGAAAGGCUGAGUUAGGCGACGCCCCGGCUGAAUUCCAUCAACCGUGGGCGACCGUCAUGGGUGUCCGCGGGACCAGGGGGAGAGACGGCUGGCCUUGGUUCCGAGCUGCCGUGAACAUUUUGAAAUCAGGAGAACGAAGCCCAGUGGCCAGAAGGGGGCGACCGAGGGCCACUCAGAAAAUUUCUGCUCUCCCUGCUAGGGGCGGCCGCAUCCUGCCCACCCGCCACCCCAACGGACCCUCUGAGCUGCAAGCAGGCCUCGCCGCGCCCCGGGCUCUGCACUGACACGGUUUUCCACUGUCUCCGUUUUUAUCCAGAGGAAGGUAUUUUUAUAUUCUGACAUUAGGAAACAGUGACCAAUUUUCAGAGUAAGCCAGUCUGGAACACGGGAGUCCUCUGAGCCACCCCGUUGCAGAGACAGCCCGGGGAGGGGGUGGGGCGAGGGGACGCGCCACUAUUUACUGUGGGAGCUGCAGGCCACGGGCCUCCUGGAGAGCUCGAGCUGGCCCGUGUGUGCCGGGACCCACACAAGCAAAAGGUCUCGGUCCUGUUGCGCUCCGGAGAGCGUAGCCGUGAGCCCGGCUACACCCGCCCACCACGCCGUUUCUAUGAGAGAUUGAUGAACUUUGUUUAAAAUUAAAAGAAACAAAACAAACAAAAAAGGACACGUUCUGUAAAUGCGUCACUCAAUACAGAAUUGUAUAAUAA